AUGGAUAAUAUCAGUACUCCUGGUAGUCAACCACCCAAUUCUUCAAUUGUGGAACCUACAGUGGUGGAAGCCCAAACUGUUGAGGCUAAUAAUCAACAGAAUGAGCAACCUCCUGCUGCAGUUUCUGGGAAGAAGAGGAAAGAGGUUGAGUCCAGAUCCAGAGUAUGGGAUCAUUAUGUGAGAAUAAAAGACAGUAACAAUAUUACUAUACAAGCAAAGUGUGUUUAUUGUGCAAAAGUGUACAAGUGUGAGUCCAAGAGACAUGGUACAUCUUCCUUAAUAGCCCAUAUGCUAAGCUGUUUGAAAAACCCUCACUCCAAGGAUACUAGGCAGUCCCUUUUAACCUUUCAAGCAGUUAAUACCCCUAAGUCAUCUGAAACUACUGUGGGAGAAAUUGGGUGCUGGGUAUUUAACCAAGACUUAAUUAGGAGGGCCUUGGUUAAAAUGAUAAUCAUAGAUGAACUGCCUUUUAGAUUUGUUGAGGGUUUAGGUUUCAGGAUGUUCAUUGUUGUUGCUUGCCCUAGGUUUAUAGUUCCAUCUAGAUGGACUAUAAGUAGGGACAUCCUAGUGGUCUAUGAAGAGGAGAGAUUGAAAUUGAAGGCCUUUUUAAGGGAAACCAGUCAUAGGGUUAGCAUUACCACUGAUUCUUGGACAUCAAUCCAAAGGAUUAACUACAUGGUUGUGACUGCCCAUUUCAUUGAUUCAGAGUGGAAGCUGCAUAAAAAUAUCAUAGCCUUUGUCCCUGUUACAUCUCACAAAGGGGAGUAUCUUGCAAAAGCCCUAGAAACAUGUUUGCUGGAGUGGGGGCUUAGGAAUGUUUUUAGUGUUACUGUGGAUAAUGCCUCGUCUAAUGACACUGCUAUGGGGUUUCUUAAGAAAAAAAUUGUGUCUUGGGGUACAUCAACUGUGAAGGCUAAGUAUAUUCACAUGAGAUGCAUUGCUCAUAUCCUUAACUUGGUUGUUCAAGAUGGCUUGAAGGAGUGUGAUAGUUCUGUGAAAAAAGUUAGGGAGGUUGUUAGAUAUGUUAGGAAUUCACCUGCCAGGCUAAAGAAGUUCAGGGACUUGGCUGAUUUGUUAGGAAUUGAGCAAAGGUCUUCUUUGUGUCUAGAUGUUCCAACCAGAUGGAACUCUACAUAUUUGAUGUUACAAUCUGCUUUGACUUAUCAGAAAGUCUUUGAAUCUUGUGAAGAGUCUGAUAGUUCUUUCAAAUCUGACUUGGGUGAUUCUGUGCCUAAUUUUUAUGGACUGGGAGUCUGUGAGCAGUUUGGUGGAGUUGUUGAAAUGUUUUUAUGA